AGAGUAGAAAAUGAGCUCUUCUGCCUCAGUACCCCUUCAUGUUGAGGUGGAGCCUGCUGACGUAAAAGUUCUAGGUUUUAACCUAGCUCCUCUUCUAGGUCGUGUCUUUCAACUUAUCCCAACCUCUAUGAGAGAAAACAUGAUGGCUAAGAAGAGUGCCCCGAAGGAGAAGUCAAUCCCUAGGGAUUAUUAUGAUCUGUUCAAGGAGAAUCCAUAUACCACAGAGGAGGUCGUUAAGGACAGAGUCUGGGCAGUACAACAUGUAAGCGAGCCCAUGUUCUAUACCAAUCCUGAUGCUCGGAAGGAAUUUAAGCAAAUUAUUGAUUUUUCACAACAAAAGAACAUUGAUGCCUACCUGCAAGCAGCUGCUAAGUAUGGGGAGAAAUGUGUAGAAGCGGCAAAAAGAGAUAUUGAAUUUGAUCAAGGUUGGGAUGAGGAACUCAAGAAACCGGAUGUAGAUAUUAGAGCACCUGGAAAAUGGACCCAACACAUGGUGGUGGUGAAACUAAACAGUGGAGAUCUAUUCCUCUACAAUCCUGUUAAAGUUAGAAAUGAAACAGGGUUUGAGGAUUGGUUGAAUGGACUGGGAAAAGUAAAAUAUAUUGCCAUAGCCUCAGCAUACCACACUCUCCAGAUUUCUGGGAUUACAAAAAAAUACCCAGAUGCUCUGAUCAUUGGACCAAGAGAGGCAGAGCUCAAACUAAAGGUUGCCAAUGCUCUGCCUCGAGGGAAGUUUGAUUAUGUUUACACACACCCAGAACAGGCCCAGGAAGCAAACCAGAAACUUGGUGCUGAAGGUGUAGAACUACUGCCUGUAGUCGGGGAUGCUGGAACUAGUGCUCUCAUGGCUAUAUCCCACAAGGUUCUCAUGGAGUGUGAUAUAGUUUACAGUCUCGCGGAUGGAACUACUGGGUUUACAGACAGGGCUCGGUUUGAUGAGAUGAGGGAUGAGGAUCGAGGAACAAGAUUGUUUAAACUUGGUCUUCUCUCUGCUCCUAAAUCACCCAAUGAUGCUCUUCCAAUCUACAGGUUUUGGAUGAUGGAUCCAACCUGCUUUAUCUCCAGCCUCUCCAUCAGUCCACCGAACAAAGAUGGAUCUUCCUGCACUAUAAUGGCGGAGACUCUGCGUAAAAUAUUGCGUAAAGAUUUUGAUGAAGCUGUUGGCGUACAUAAUAGGCGGGUAUCUGGAGAUAUGUUCCGGAAGAGUGUAGACUUGAACUGGAAAUGGUUGGAUGGAAGAUCAUUACUCUAAAGUCUAGAUGGAAAAAUAGGAGGCCAAAAAUUAAAGAAAAGGUGGACAAAACUUAAAAAAAGGAGGCCAAAACUUAAAGAAAAGGUGGCCAAAACUUAAAAGAAAGGUGGCCAAAACCUGAUAAAAUAGGAGACCACAACUGGGAGAAUAGAAGGCCAACCCCUUGAUUGUGAAACUUUCAUUACAAUUGUUUUCUAAUUUAACUAGAAAUUUUCAAUCCUUCAUGUUUUAAUCUUUGACAAAAAGUGCAAUUGUUAAAAAAUAUUCUAAAAGAUAAAAAAGCUUAAGUUCUUUA